AUGGCUAGACCACUUUAUUCGAAACGAUUAUCAAAAGAACUACGCGAUCUUGCAGCCAAUCCUCCAGAAGGUGUAUCAGUAGAAGAUGCCAACGAUUUCAAAAGAUGGAAACUUCGGAUAUGUGGAGCACCGGGUACUCUCUACGAGGGAGAAGAAUUCGAUUUGGAGUUCCGGUUUACGCCCGAGUAUCCAUUGGAAUCACCAGAAGUGCUCUUUGUCCAGCCUCGUGUCCCGAUUCAUCCACAGUACAUUUAUUCCAAUGGUCAUAUUUGCCUCAACAUCUUGUACAAAGAUUGGUCACCGGUCCAGACUGUGGCGCAAGUAUGUUUAUCCAUCCAAUCAAUGCUGUCGAGCUGUACAAAGAAGGAACGGCCUCCAGACAACGAUCUCUACGUCAAAUCAGCACAUGCAUCACCCAAAAAGACGGCUUGGGCUUUCCACGACGAGAGUGUAUAA